AUGUCGAGUCCAGACUCCAGUGAAGUGUUUCCUCCGGGGACAAUCAAACUUGAAGAACGGCAAGGACUAGAGUCAGAAUUCAAGCUGAGUCCCACGCCCUCCGAUGAUCCUGACGACCCUUUGAACUGGUCACCCUUAAGGAAGGCUGUCAACUUUGGGCUUACCUGCUCGUAUGUCCUCUUUACCUUUGUACUGGUGGAUAUCAACAGCUUGGCCUAUCGAGGCUACAUGUCAGAGCUGGGUUUGACCUACGCAACCUUCAAUCAGGCGAGUGGGUCGAAUUUCGCCGGACUCGCGAUCGGAUGCCUCUUAUUUAUCCCCUAUGUUCACAAGUUUGUUUGCAUGUGCGAUCUGGUGGGCAAAUUUCCACCAGGCAGGGGAACUCAUUGGCGUCAUGAGGCUGUGGUCGUGAUCACUAUUGUGGACCUCUUCUUUGUCCAUCAGCAUGCGCGUAUGAAUGGCAUCUUUCUGUUCAUGCAGAGCUUGGGAUCCACGGGUGGCCCGAUCGCAGCCGGGUAUAUUGUCGUCUCGAUGGGCUGGCGCUGGAUGUGGUGGAUGAUCGCCAUCUUCCUGGGCGUCAACUUAAUCUUGGUCCUGUUCUUCUUCGAGGAGUCGAAAUACAUCCCGCUCGUUAAGAUUGCGGAACCGUCUACCCUCCGAGUGGCUACGCGUUCAACGGUCGAUGUCCGUCGCAGCCGCAAGUCAAUUCGGCAACGCCUGGCGUUCGUCACCAAGACGGACAUGCCAGUAGUCCAGCACUUUUAUCAGCCGCUACUUAUUCUCUUCUCAUUCCCCGCCGUAGCUUACACGGCCAUCACAUACGGCACGAUCCUGGCAUGGUUUUCUGCUAAUGCUUCAUCCGGCUCUUACUUCCUCUUAGAUGAACCCUACAAGUUUAGCCCGUCCGCGAUUGGCCUGUUCCACCUAGGUGGCUUUCUGGGCACAUUCAUCGCAACUCUCACUAUUCCGGCCCUUAACGACUGGUUCAUCGUUCGAGCAGCGAAGAACAAUGGGGGCAUCUUCGAGCCAGAGAUGCGUCUCUGGAUGAGCAUUCCAGGGGCUCUCUUGAACUGCGCCGGUCUGCUGAUUUAUGGAAUUUAUGGAUUCGGUUUUAUCACCACUGCCGACGUGGCCCUGACGUAUCUUACUGAUUGCUAUCCCGAUAUACUUGGUGAUGCGUUGAUUGCCAUUGUGUUUAUUCGUAAUGGAUUUGCAAUGGUAGUUCGCUUUGCCUUCACCCCUUGGAUCAAUGGCAUGGGAAUCCAAAAUACCUUUAUUCUCAUUGGCAUGCUGGCCCUUAUCACCGUGACUUUGCCUAUUUUAUUAAUGAUUUAUGGCAAGAGGGCACGCGCAAGCACGGCCGAUAAGUACCGGAAAUAUGCUGCACGGCAACCAGUCCAUAAGAAAGCGUGA